GCAGACAGCGGCGUCGUCAGUCUCAGCUCCCCGGUCACAUGAUCAGUCAGCUGGUCUUCAGCACAUCCGCCUGACCCGCUACUGUUUACAAAUCAGCAGACAGUCCGACACAGCAGAAUGAGGAGUCCUGCAUGAUCUGAACAGAGUCAUUUUUUUCUUCUAAGUCUUGGCUGAGGAGGAUCACAAGGCUGUGACAGUCCGACUGGGUCGCGGUCAUGCAGCACCCCAAUUUCGAGACCCGCCACCCGCUCCAGACAGACGAGCAGCAGGAGACGGGCUUCGACCCGCUCUAUAAUUUCAACAAGAAUCGCAGCAGAGGAUCUCUUGACAGCAGCACUUACUCACAGUCUCAGUCAACCUUCCUCUCAUACAGGAAAGAAUGGGACGACUUGUUCCUCAACAGUAAUUACCUGGCCAGGAUCCGGCAGGCAGGCAUCAACGGUCGACUGCGGAGCAGCCGCUUUCGGAGCGUAUGUUGGAAGUUGUACCUGGAGGCUCUUCCAGAAGACAAGGAUCAGUGGAUCAACAAGACCCAGGAGCUCCGAGCCCAGUAUGAGAAGAUCAAAGAGACGCACAUCACUAACCCUCGCAAGGCUAAAGGCCAGCAGGACCUGGUGGUCAACAAUCCACUGUCCCAGGACGAAGGGAGCCUGUGGAACAAGUUCUUCCAAGAUAAAGAGCUGAAGGGGAUGAUCAAACAGGACGUGUUGAGAACGUUCCCUGAGAUUCGUUACUUCCAGGACGAAGAUGUGAGGACCAAGCUGACAGACAUUCUCUUCUGUUAUGCCAGAGAAAAUGAACAGUUACUAUAUAAACAGGGAAUGCACGAGUUGCUAGCUCCCAUAGUGUUUGUGCUGCACUGUGACCAUCAAGCCUUCCAGCAUGCCAGUGAGACGGCCAGCCCCAGUGAGGAGAUGAAGUGUCUGUUGAACCCAGUGUACCUUGAGCACGAUGCCUAUGCCAUGUUCUCACAGCUGAUGGAGACAGCAGAGCCGUGGUUCUCCAGCUUUGAGAGGGAAGUGAGGAAGGGUAAGGAAGAGAUGCUGACCAGCAUCCCGUUCGCUCGGCCCCAGGACUCAGGGCCAUCUGUUGCCAUAGUGACCAAAGUCAACCGCAUCCAGGACCAGCUGGUGAAGAAGAAUGACGUUGAACUGCACAUGCACCUCAACCGGCUGGAGAUCGCCCCGCAAAUCUAUGGCAUCCGAUGGGUACGCCUGCUGUUCGGCCGUGAGUUUCCGCUCCAGGACCUGCUGGUGGUGUGGGACGCCCUGUUUGGUGACAGCAUCACUCUGGACCUGGUGGACUACAUCUUUGUGGCCAUGCUGCUCUACAUCCGAGACGCUCUCAUUGCUAGUAACUUCCAGACCUGCCUGGGCCUGUUAAUGCAUUACCCUCCAUUAGGAGACAUCAACUCUCUGCUGCAAAAGGCUCUUUUCCUCCGAGAUCCCAAAAACAACCCACGACCUGUCAACUACCAGUUCCAGCAGAACCUGGAUUAUUACAAAACAAGGGGGGCUGACCUGAUGAACAAGACACGCUCUGGUUCCACUACAAAAAAUGCCCCCCUCAACAUCAACAAGGUCUCCAGCAGCCUGCUGAGCUUCGGCAGGAAGCUCAUUGCUCCGGCCAUAUCGGGCGGGUCCAGCGGCGUCUCGCCAAUCAACAGCGAGGUACACUCCUCCUCUUCCUCCUCCUCCUCGUCAACUUUGCACGCAUCGGCGCCUGCGCCUGCCCUGCCUCACCCACUGGCUGAGCCCCCAUCGGGCCAGGCCCCACCACAAACCCAGGGCCCCGCCCAGACUCAGCACUACCGCCUGCUCAAGUCGGAGAGCAUGCCUGUCCACCUCAGCAAAGAUGUAGUUUCAGGUGGAGUGUCUCAGGUCUCUCUCCCAGCCCAGACUCUCACUGACACACAAGGCCAAAGCUCCAGGACAGUCAGCUCCUCUCCCAGCAUAGAAAGCCUCUCUGGUGGGCGGGGUCAGUCCACCGCCUCCCCGCCUCUUCCCCCCUCCAGAGGGAGUGACGUCAGCACUUCAUCUCCGCCCCUGUCCGCCACCAAGAAAGAGUCUUUCUUCAACAUCACUCGCUCUCGCUCCCACAGCAAGUCCAUGGGCAAGAAAGAGAUGGAGGAGGACCUGGAAGCCCAGGUAUCAUUCCUCCAGGGCCAGAUCAACGACCUGGAGGCCAUGAGCAAAUACUGUGCCAAGAUGAUGAACAGCCACAUCUGUAAAAUCCAAGAAGUGAUUCUCCAGGAACACCUGGAGAAAGAGGAUGAGGUUCUGGUGUCACUGGCUGGACUCAAACAGAUCAAAGACAUCCUUAAGGGGUCGCUGCGCUUUAACCAAAGCCUGCUGGAGGCAGAGGAGAACGAGGAGAUCACCAUCGCUGACGAUCACUACACCUCCAAAGCAGCUGCUGAAACUGCUCUGAAUGCCAACAAUCACCUCAGUGACCACCCACAACAAGGAAACAGCAGGCGGAACCGGGACUCUGAUCUGGACGGGAGCGUGAGCACGGAUGAGAAAGAAGAAGAGGAGGAGCAGGCGAUGACCCCACCUGAGCAACAGGUGGCGUCUUCCCUCGGCUCCGAGGGUAAGAACUGGGACGACUACAUCCUUGUGUCCCAGGACGGAGACCUGCAGGCUGCCGAGGGGGGAGGAGGAAGUGGAGGAGGAGGAGGAGGAAGGGCUGCAGUCGAGCACACCCCUCCGAUCAGGCGAGGGCGCGGCUUGGUGCGAAUGGAGCCUGAGGGCGCGGCCGGGACCUUCCAUGACCCCCUGAUGGCAGGCAUCACCUCUGGCUCCUCCAGCCCAGACGAGGGCUCCACCCACAGCAAGGACUCUGACUUUACCAUCGUCAACCCGAACGACCUUUGAACGAGCAAAUCACCCCCUCCUUCUCUUCCUCUUAUACCUGUUUCAUAUCCCAUUCAGAGGAUGUGAUCCAAAAAAACUGACUUGGGAUCAGAGGGUGGAAUCUGUAGUUUUUGGUGGAGCACCACCGGAGCUACUGUCAGCUAAAAAAUUGCACAUGUGGACUGUGACGCUUCCAGUCACAAAUACCUUAUAGUCUGUCUCUUUACCUGUCAUCUGUGCCACUUCAGUCCUGUCUGAGCUGAUGCUAUAUGCUAUCUCAUCUACUUAAUGCCUCCUCAUUAUGUUGGGUCCUGUCACUCAUGAUAUUUAAUUGUAGUGCCCUGCUCUACACAGAGAGGGCACCAUUGAACUUCUUAACCUGUCACUACAUGAUUACUCUGAAGAGUUGGACCUUAAACUGCAAUUUCUUCACAGGGCAGGACUCUCUCCUCCUGAGCUUACUGUCAUGAUUGGGAGUGUGAUACUCUGUUUCUUCUGAAUGUGGAGAUCAGGCCAUACCUCUGCCUGUGUUAUGUCUGUAUGUUUAUGUCUUUACAGAGGAAUCUCUCUUCUCUGAAACUCAAAGGAAAGGAUGAUGCCCUCCCGUCAGUUGUCGGGGGCAGCUUUCUCCCCCUCCUGAACCAGUGCCUCUGACCAUUAUUCUUCUCUCAACCAAACAAAACCUGACUCUGUGAUCUUAUUCUUUUUGUUAGCUUUUUUUUUUUUAAGAAAAUAUUUUUAACCCUUAGACCUUUAAAAAAAAAAAAAUUAUUAAAUUAUGGAAUAAGUCUCUUUGUUUUCCUUUUGUUUUUAAAUUGAUUCCAAUGUGGACAUUUUAAUGUGGUAAUUGACAGUUUUCAUUUCUGACAUUACAACUGAGAAACCAUGUAAAGCAGCGCACACAAAGAAUGUCCUUCUAGCUGCCCUUUCAGAAUAAUUAACUCAAGACCAAUAAACAUCGCUCUUGCUACA